AUGCCAGAAUCUAAUUCCCGGGUAAAUUCGAUUUUAAUCUUGGUUGGCAAAGAAUUACUGAAUCCGAAACUUUCAAAAUUGUUACCAGCGCCACUACCAUUCGAAUUGAUUUUGGUGGUUUUAGCCGUAAUAUGUUCUUAUAGCCUAAAGCUUGAAGAAACAUACAAUGUAAAGGUUGUUGGAACAAUACAAGCAGGUUUACCUAGGGCUGAAUUGCCAAAUUCUGAAUUAAUACUUUACGUUAUCGAAGAUGCAAUCGAGAUUGCCUUCGUUAUUGUUGCAGUACAUUUAUCGAUGUGCAAAAUAUUUAGCCGGCGUUACAAUUAUAAAACUGAUAACAAUCAGGAACUGUUUGCAAUCGGUAUAGCUGGCGUUAUUUCCUCUAUAUUCUUGACUUAUCCAGUUUCAUCGGCAUUAGGCCGAUCUACGGUGAAUGCAGAGAGUGGGUGCAAAACGCAGUGCAUACUAGCAGUGAUCAUAAUAUUUUCACUGAAAAAUAUAUUCCGUAAGGCCGAGGAGCUUAAUGAAUUGUGGAUUGUCUCUAAAUGGGAUUUUGCAAUCUGGAUGGUCAGUUUUUUUUCAACGGUGGCUACAGACGUUAUGUGGGGAUUAUCGAUAUCUGUCGCUUUUGCUCUUCUGACGGUCAUAUUUCGCACUCAGUGGCCAAACUGGUAUAUACUAUCACAGUUGACAGGAACUAAUGAUUACCGCGAUUGUGGAAGAUAUGGAAGAGUAGCUGAAAUCGAUUCCAUUCGGAUAUUUCGAUUUGACGCUCCACUUCUAUUCACAAACGUUGAUCAUUUUCGAGAUGCUGCAGAUAAAGCUACAUUUUGUCCAGAAAAAUGUAUUGCAGCGCUUGACCAUAUUCUCCAAGUCAGAACAGUAAAUAAAGUUAAAAAGAUCCAAAAGAAAAGGAGAUUAAGGAAAAGUUUUAGUGAAUCCAGUGAAACUGGUAUAUACGGAUCAAAGAAGAAUGUCCGGCACCUUAUAGUCGAUUGCUCAGGAUUCACAUUCAUCGAUAUCAUGAGUAUCCGCUCUCUUAUCGAACUUUUCAAAAAUAUGGACAAAGAUGGGAUCCACACAUAUUUCGCAGGAAUAAAAGCACCAAUAAGAGACAUGCUUGAUAAAUUUGGUUUCUAUAACUUUGUUUCAAACGAAUACUUCUAUCCAACAAUAAAUGAUGCUGUGCAAUGUGCACUUAUGAAGGAAGAAAUCAGACGAUGCAGGAAUAUUGUUAGAAAAAAAAUGUUGUUGAACAGACUAUCAAAACCCGCUUUUGUUAAAGAAAUGGACCAAUAUCUCAUGGAUGAAACAAAACUCAACUCUGCGAUGUCACCAGUAGGCAUUAAUAGACGUAUGUUGAAAGUACUGUAUAAACCAAUCUUAAAAAAUUUAAAUGAAAUUACUAACAAAAAUCUGACGAAAAGUGAAGAAAUACAUACACAAAAUGAGCAGAAGAUUCCGGAAACUGAGUUCUACAAAACAAUAUGA